GCCUGGAAGUGUGGGGUGAGAGCUCCUCUUAGGACACCCCUUCCACUUAGGGAAAGAAUCGCGCCCCCCAGGCUCUACCCAGGAGAAGAUCCUCUCCUUCUUCCACAUCAGCACUCCGCCUCCCUCCGGGGCAGGGAGUACCGCCACCUGCAUCCCCACCCUCCAGGCCCCAGGGCCCACUGGCCCCGGAGCAGUCAAGCUGAGAUGACGGUCAAGCUAGAUUUUGAGGAGUGCCUUAAGGACUCACCCCGCUUCCGAGCCUCUAUCGAGCUGGUGGAAGCCGAAGUGUCGGAAUUGGAGACCCGGCUGGAAAAGCUCCUCAAGCUGGGUAAUGGCGUCCUGGAAAGUGGGCGCCACUACCUUGCCGCCAGCCGGGCCUUCAUUGUUGGCAUUUGUGACCUGGCCCACCUGGGUCCACCAGAGCCCAUGAUGGCGGAGUGUCUGGACAAAUUCACUCAGAGCCUGAGCCACAAGCUGGACAGCCAUGCAGAGCUUCUAGAUGCCACCCAGCACACACUGCAGCAGCAAAUCCAAACUCUGGUCAAGGAAGGUCUCCGGGGCUUCCGAGAGGCUCGCCGGGAUUUCUGGCGGGGGGCUGAGAGCCUGGAGGCUGCUCUGACCCACAACGCAGAGGUCCCCAGGCGCCGGGCCCAGGAGGCAGAAGAGGCCGGAGCUGCUCUGAAGGUUGCUCGAGCCGGGUACCGGGGACGGGCCCUGGAUUAUGCCCUGCAGAUCAAUGUGAUUGAGGACAAGAGGAAGUUUGACAUCAUGGAGUUUGUGCUGCGUCUGGUGGAGGCCCAGGCCACCCAUUUCCAGCAGGGCCACGAGGAGCUGAGCCGGCUGGCCCAGUAUCGCAAAGAGCUGGGUGGCCAGUUACACCGGCUGGUCUUGAAUUCGGCUCGAGAGAAGAGGGACAUGGAGCAGAGACACGUGCUGCUGAAACAGAAGGAGCUGGGUAGGGAAGAGCCAGAGCCAAGCCUAAAGGAGGGGCCUGGUGGCCUGGUCAUGGAAGGGCACCUCUUCAAACGGGCCAGCAAUGCAUUUAAAACCUGGAGCAGACGCUGGUUUACUAUUCAGAGCAACCAACUGGUUUAUCAGAAGAAGCACAAGGACCCUGUGACUGUGGUGGUGGAUGACCUUCGUCUCUGCACAGUGAAGCUCUGUCCUGACUCAGAAAGGCGGUUCUGCUUUGAGGUGGUGUCCCCCAGCAAGUCCUGCCUCCUGCAGGCUGACUCAGAGCGCCUCCUGCAGCUGUGGGUCAGUGCUGUGCAGAGCAGCAUCGCUACGGCCUUCAGCCAGGCUCACCUUGAUGACAGCCCCCGGGGUCCAGGCCAGGGCUCAGGACACCUGGCCAUGGGCUCCGCCGCCACCCUGGGCUCUGGCGGGAUGAGCAGGGGAAGGGAUUCUGGUGGAGUCGGGCAUGUGGCAGCCCAGGUGCAGAGCGUGGACGGCAAUGCCCAGUGCUGUGACUGCCGGGAGCCGGCUCCUGAGUGGGCCAGCAUCAACCUGGGCGUCACCCUCUGCAUUCAGUGCUCCGGCAUCCACAGGAGCCUUGGAGUUCAUUUCUCCAAAGUCCGGUCCCUGACCCUUGACUCAUGGGAGCCGGAACUCGUGAAGCUCAUGUGUGAGCUGGGGAAUGUCAUCAUGAACCAGAUCUAUGAGGCCCGUGUGGAGGCCAUGGCCGUGAAGAAGCCAGGGCCCAGCUGCUCCCGGCAAGAGAAGGAGGCCUGGAUUCACGCCAAAUACGUGGAGAAGAAGUUUCUGACCAAGCUUCCCGAGGUUCGCGGGCGAAGAGGUGGCCGGGGGCCCCCGAGGGGGCAGCCUCCUGUGCCCCCAAAGCCGGGCACCAUCAGGCCCCAGCCUGGGAGCUUCAGACCCAAGCCAGAGCCACCCUCUGAGGACCUGGGCAGCCUGCACCCUGGGGCCCUGCUCUUUCGAGCUGCUGGGCAUCCUCCAUCCCUUCCCACCAUGGCUGAUGCCCUCGCCCAUGGAGCCGAUGUCAACUGGGUCCACGGGGGUCAGGAGCAUGCCACACCGCUGAUCCAGGCCACAGCUGCUAAUUCUCUUCUGGCCUGUGAGUUCCUCCUCCAGAACGGGGCAAACGUGAACCAAGUGGACAGCCACGGCCGAGGCCCGCUCCACCACGCAACCAUUCUUGGCCACACGGGGCUGGCCUGCCUAUUCCUGAAACGGGGGGCCGAUCUGGGAGCCCGAGACUCUGAAGGCAGAGACCCCCUGACCAUCGCCGUGGAAACAGCCAACGCUGACAUCGUCACUCUGCUGCGAUUGGCAAAGAUGAGGGAGGUCGAUGCGGCCCAGGGCCAGGCUGGAGACGAGACGUAUCUCGAUAUCUUCCGCGACUUCUCCCUCAUGGCGUCCGACAACCCGGAGAAGCUGAGCCGGCGUAGCCAUGACCUACACACGCUUUGAUCCCAGGCCUUCGAGGGCCCGCACCCCCCAUCCCUGCCCUUCCCACCGCCCGCCCUUUUCUAUUAAAGCCUUUGUGCUUUGCUC